GUAUCGUCCAACCCUAGCGGAAAUUACCGAGGAUUUGUGAAGUCACUUCCGGUCCGGGGAUUGGGCUCAAGCGCUUCUUGAUUUAACUGUCUUGUUUAAUUAAUUGUUGUUUAAUUAUUUUUUAAUUAAAUAAAAUAAAAUACACAUUAUUUAAUUUUCAUUGUUUUUUUUGGCAAGCCAUAACAGAUCAGUCACGUGGUCGCGUGAUUAAGCCGCUCACUUUUAAUCCUUCUUUUUGUCAACCAAUCACUUUUUAGGAUGAUGCCACUGCCUCCCUUCCCCCAGGUCGGUGUGUGUGUCCUGAGUGUGUGAAGGCUGGUUGGCAGUGCGAGGACGACGCUCAGAUGAAGCAAGGCCGCGUCCCGCUGAGAGCCGACCAUGACCUGCUGACCCCGGACGCACGCGCAGGGUCCAGUGCCAAGCUCUGUCCAGUCCUCCAGCGGAGGUCAGGGGGCGUGGCCGUGGCGUCAGGUGAGCCGUCCGUGUCGACAAGAUCGAGUCCGACAAGUCGGCGUCUACGUUUUGAGGACGAGACCGAGGCCGAGGUGGACUCCCGCUACCUGGACCGGCAGAGACGGCGGACGAGCCAUCGAGUGGCGCGCGUCCUGGUCUGCAAGCCCAAACUCAGCCUGUACAUCAGCGGCGUGAGGCCGGAGGCGGGACACCAGGCAGACGGAGCCACGGGUGCGAGGGCGGUGAAAUCGCAGAGUCCCGUGGUCACUAAGAAGCAGGUUCAGAGCCAGUAUAGACUGGACCUGUGGACCGAACCCAUCAAAGAAACUCACAUUGGUCAGGUCACGCCUCCUGACACCUGCAGGAGAGAAAUUGCGAGUGGAAACCGAGUCCUUUUUAAGCCCUCACCCAUCAAAGGACUGCCUGUAAAUCCUUAUUCCCCUUCAGAACAAAGUCAGAACCAGGACCACGAGGAGCAUAGGGAGAAGAAUCCUUCUUUUGAUCCUAAACGCCACAAGUCAUCUCAACUAGCAGUCAACAAACAAAGCCCGCCUCCCUCGGGGAAUAACGAUGUCAGAGAGCCAAUAGGAGAAGACCUCCAUUCUUCUCAGCCAUUCGGCUGCAGACGUCAAGCGUCUCGUCUCUCCCUGCGUCGCCUCGUCUCCAGCGUAGUUUCACGCGGCACCCGAACCGGCAGCCUGGACCGCGUCACCGCCCGGUCCCCGCCCCGCUCCUGAGCCGGUCCCCGUGCUAACUCAUUGACGCGAGUCCGCCAUCGUGUGUGUUUCACUUUAUUGUUGAUCAGCUGCCGAGUGAUCACCACCACUUAGUGUCACACAUGUAAUACUUUCCAGAAACAUGUUAAUACGGUGUUGAGUGUCUUGAGAAAUGUUAUUAUUAUUAUUAAUGCUGUUAGGGUGAUGUGCUGAAGCCAACACAAAUACGGAGGAGAACUACACACGAAGAGCAAACAUUAACCGACUUUAGUGUUAUUCAAUAAAAAAAUGUCCGCCACUAACGAUGCUGGAGUUGCUUUCGAGAUCAGACAGAGAAAAA